AUCCCCAAUCAAAAACCCUCACAAUUCAAACCACUUCAAUCUCUCUCUCACUCCACCCUACGAUUCUUGAUAGUCGCUGUAAAAGAAAGUUUGGGUAGAAAAGAAUGGGGUUGACCAACUUCAUAUUAACAGUGGCAGGCGUUGGCGCGGUGGUUCUUUUACUGAGAAGCGACGUUAAACAAUCGGCUGCUAUUUUUAAGCGCAACGUUAAGCAUAUAAGGAGUUGGCUUGAAGAAGAAUCUUCUGCUGCCUCCAAGGCAGCUGAGAAGGCAAAGCCCAAGGAACUGGAGUCGAAGGUUCCUCCCAAGGAGAAGGACUAGUGUCUUUAUAGGAAGUUUGGGUUAUCAAUUUUGGAUAUCUAGGUUGUUAUUGAGAAUAAGUCUUGAUUAAUAUCUGUGUAUUUCUGCACUUCAAAGCUGCUUAAAUUUUGUUGUCUCACCUUUUUUUUUUAUGUUUUGUUAAUACACAGCCCUAUUUACUUAGUUAAUACUUUUGAGAAAUAUCAGUUUUAUUUGGAGCAGCAUAUAACUCUGUAAUAAAAGAGGUGGAGAAAGGAAGAAAUAUUCAGUUUGCAGAAAA